AUGAGGGGCGGUGUUUUCAUCCUGGUCCUUGCCCUCGCCGUGGCCCUGGCAGAGUGUGUUGCUCCUGCAGAGAGGAAGUGCCAGCUCAGCGGACUGUGGAGGAAUGACCAGGACUCACUGAUGGAGAUUUCGGUGUUGAGGGACAAUGGGGACUUCCAGGGACAAUACCUCACACAAGUCACCCUCUCUGGGGGCUGUGCCCAAAUCUCCCCACUGAGGGGUGCCCAGCAGCAGCUUGGAGAGGAGGGCUGGCCCACCUUUGUCUUCACUGUGCACUGGGACAAGUUCUCGAAUGCCAGCACCGCCUUCGUGGGUCAAUGCUUUGUGGACGCAGGUGGAAAGGAGACGCUGAGCACCAUGUGGCUGCUGCGUGAAGCUGUCGGGUCCCUUGAGGAGGACUGGAAAGCCACGAGGGUGGGCAGAAAUGUCUUCACACGCAAACACACCACAAAAGGAAAGAUCCUGCCAAACUUGUCUCGUCCUUGUGAGGCUGUGUCUUCACCAGCCCCAUGA